GUUUGAGCCACCGUAAUCAUGGUGAAUCAUAUUAAUAUCGUUGGUCUCUGCGCUUGACAGAGAUCUCUUGUAACAACAUGGCUCCGAAGUACCCUAAAAUCUCAGGUUAUGAGCUCAUUCAACAAAUCGGUGGAGGUAGCUUCUCGAGCGUGUUCAGAGCCGUCAAUAUAGAGAACCAUCAAGUGGCAGCAUGCAAGACUACCGAGAAGGAACGCAAGGCUGUCGAAAAGGAGAUGAAACUUCAUAAGCUCCUCAAGCACAAGCAUGUCCUGGAGUUUCUACAUGCUGCCGUGGUAGAGCGCAAAUAUAAGGAUUGCUAUGUCCCUGGAAUUUACAUGCUACUAGAGCUUGCUGCAGGAGGAGACCUCUUCGAUAAGAUUGCGCCGAAUGUUGGGAUUGGAGAGGAUGUAGCACACUACUAUUUCGGCCAGUUGCUGGCAGGGAUGGACUUUAUUCAUCGCGAAGGAGUUUGCCACCGUGACCUGAAACCAGAAAAUAUCCUGCUUGAUGUAGCUGGUACCCUCAAGAUUUCAGACUUUGGACUCGCAGCAGUCUACAAACUCAAGGAAAGCGGCAAGACAAGACAAUUGAACGAAUUGUGUGGCAGCUUGCCGUAUAUGGCCCCAGAAGUUCACUACGCGACACCGUAUGAAGCAGAGCCCAUUGAUGUCUGGGGGAUUGGUAUCAUUCUCUUCACACUCCUCGCGGGAAAUACCCCUUGGGAUCAAUCCACAGCACAGUCGUCAGAGUUCUGUCAGUACAUCACGGGCGAGAUAUUCAACGAAUCCCCUUGGGAUCGUCUCAAACCAGAAGCCCUAUCACUUAUCUGUGGCCUCCUAACUGUCGAACCAGAGAAGCGUAUGACGCUCGCUGAAGUAUUUGCUCACCCGUGGUGCAUAAGACCAAGCCAAAUUGCGAAGCAAGGUGCUGUCGCGCUUGCAGACCACUUGACUGAGUCUUUGAGGGCGAACGGUGAUUUGAAUUAUGCGAUGCCGGAUAUUGCGAUCUCUGCGUACGUUCUCAGGAUUAUCAUCACGAGGCUAACAUUCACUUUCAUAUGCAGCGAAACUCGCAAAGACAAAGAUGGGGAUGAGAUCAUGCUCUCUGCAACUCAUCAAUCCCAAUUCACCCAAUCACUUCUAUUAUUCUCACAAACACAGUCGGGUCGCAGAUAUACACCUAACCUUACUCGCUUCUAUACUUCUCUUGGGCCAGGGAUCAUGAUGCAACUCAUAAAGGAAUCCUUGACCGCUCUCGGUGUCAAACACAAAGACGGACCUACCGGUGAGGAUGAACGAGGGGAGAUCCUUCGGUUGCGCGUAGGCGGGUAUGACAAGCGGAAUAUCGCAUUCAAAGGCUGGGUCGAGCUCGAGAACUUCCGCUACGCUGAAACUGACGGAAGCUUCUGCUUGAUGACCCGAGACGUUGGAAAUCCUAUCUCGUGGCGCCAGUUGUGGAAAUCACUAAUUUUGUCACCAGUUGUGGAUCCUCAUGUACUCCGCAAAUGACCACAUUAGCACUAUGACACUCGAACACUGUUGUGUUAGCCUAUAUGUUGUUUGAACUCGUGUUAUUUGGAUAUCUCCGCGAGCUUCUCUUUUACUGCCUUGUACACGAUCUGAUUGAACGCUUCUUACAGUAUGCCAUACACUGCUAUACCAAGAGACAAUCUGUUUACUCGAAAUUCGAAGUGAUUCGCUUUCCUAGAAUCCUAUUGCAAUUCAAUUGAUUCAAGCCUUUGCACUGUGGACGCUGAAACCCGUCUUGAUCGUGCACUCCUUUCCACCCUCAACGUCUAUGUCGAUGGAUUUUCAACCACAAAAUUCUAGACAAUUUGCCGGGCGAUUUUCGUAAGUAUCGCAACUGACA